AUGACUACUAGCCUAAAAACGCGCAAGGGCGUUCUAUCUCGGCACUUCAAUACCCUGUCACAGCUUUUGUCUCUCUAUGGGGAUCUGGAUCAGUUCAUGGAACUGGAUGCGGAUAAAGCCCUCGGUGACAUCUCUACGGCUGAAGCAAAAAUAAAUAAGAUGUGCGCUACAUUCGAAGGAGCUCUAUACGCAUUCACAGAAGCAGUGGAUCAUUUAGAGGGCCCUUUGACCCAAGACGAAGAGGAGAAAGUUUUGGAGCACGUCGAAAAGGCCCAAGAGCUCAUUUCCCGCACUGAGGAGUUGCUGAUGAACCUCGUGGGAAAAAAGCAAGAAAUUGCAACCUCAAGAGAGGGCAGGGAAUCCCUGGUAGCCAGAGUUCCUGCAACAAAGUUCGAACUUCCGAGAUUAGCAGUCCCGGAAUUUACUGAGCCGAACACCUUAAAGCUUCGUAUAGGUGUACAGGAUGUGGUUCCAAGCGUCACAACGGCAAAGCGUCACAACGUCAAACAGCAACGUUUGACUGAGUGUAGGUCUUCUGGAUGUCAAAAAUGUGAGAAGAAACACCACACAUCCAUCUGCUUCAAGGCCAAUACAAAACCCUCAAAUCAACAGAAUAUGAAUAUGAAGGUGAAUGACAGGAAGAAACCUCCCAUCACAAGACAGAACGUAGCAUGUCUCGGAGAAGUCGAAACCCCGCACACGGAUAACGAAAGCUGUUCCAGUGAGGAUAACACGGUACUGACAGUGGAGCACGUGGAGCAGGAUAGUCAAAAUACCUGCCAAAUCUUCCUUCUUUCUGGCGUUCUACGCGCAAAGCAUCCCCGUACAGGAAACUUUGUGGAGGUAACUGCCGUUUUGGACACAGGAGCAGAUCGCUCCUUCACAGAUGCAAAGCUAGCCCAGGAGCUCAACCUCCCCGAUCAUGGGACUUCCACGAUGAAGGGAGCUCUUGACGCAAAAGAUCUGGAGUUUAUACGACGAAAACGCAUCAAGUUGUGCGCACACAGUAACGCGAAGAUGUCUCAACCGCAG